AUGGCGGCGACCGUCAGCACCGCGCCCAGCGCCCCGACUGAGACCGCGGACAGGAAAUGGAGACUCCCUCCCAUUUCGGGACUCCAGAGUCCCGACCCCUGCGAUAUACUGACGGAGGGCUACGACAUGCGGUAUCUUGGCGCCGGCACGCCGCCGCAGAAAUGCAGGGAGGACUCCAACACCUGCCACUUCGUCUUCAAGGAUGUCAACGAUGGCCUCGGGGACCUGGUCAUGUGGCAGCGGGCUAUGCCGGAGACAUGUCACCCAAAGUCUCCGGUAAGAACAACCAAAAGCGGGAGUGGCUGA